GCAAGUUGUGUUUAGGAAUUUUGUUUUGCGUUGAUAAUUUUUUAAACGAAAUAUAAUUUUCAUUAAACGCUUGACGCGUUAACUUCUGUGAGAGAUUUUGUUAAGUUUCAUAAUAAGAUUGUUGUGUAAAGUGUUAAAAAGUGUAACUUCAAAUGGCUGACGCUGAGCAAUACAUUAAAGAUAUACAGAGAGAGUAUGUGGAUUUCUUGGACGAUGAAGAGGAUCAGGGUAUAUAUUCGGGCCAUGUUAAAGAUAUGAUAGCGGAGAAAAGCAGACGUCUAAUUAUUAAUAUUAACGACUUAAAACGCAAAAAUCCACAACGUGCUUUGGGAUUGCUUGGUAACGCAUCAGACGAACAGUUAGCGUUCGGCAGGGCUCUCAAGGAAUAUGUAUCAACAGUUGAUCCAUCAUACGCCAAACAGCAUGAAGACUUCUUUGUGGGAUUUGAAGGAUGCUUUGGCAACCGUCAUGUAACGCCGCGUUCUCUCACCUCAAUAUAUUUGGGUAAUAUGGUUUGUGUAGAAGGGAUUGUCACAAAAGUGUCUCUCAUUCAUCCUAAAAUUGUGCGAUCCGUCCACUUUUGUCCGGCCACACGUAAAGUGAUGGAACGCAAAUAUACUGAUUUGACGUCAUUUGAGGCUGUGCCAUCGAGUGCUGCGUAUCCUACAAAAGACGAAGAUGGGAAUUUAUUAGAAACUGAGUUCGGUUUGUCCGUAUACAAAGACCAUCAGUCUUUGACCAUACAAGAAAUGCCAGAAAAAGCACCAGCUGGGCAGUUGCCACGUUCAGUUGAUAUUGUAUGCGAUGACGAUCUAGUUGAUCGCUGCAAGCCGGGAGAUCGUGUACAGAUUGUGGGUAAUUAUCGCUGCUUGCCGGGCAAACAGGCUGGAUACACAUCUGGCACAUUUCGCACCGUGCUAUUGGCAAACAACAUUUCAUUGCUGAGCAAGGAAAGCAAUAUGGACAUCAGUCGCGAAGAUAUCAUCUUGUGUAAGAAACUGGCCAAAAGCAAUGAUAUAUAUGAGUUGCUUUCAAAGAGCUUAGCACCGUCCAUUCAUGGACACGCUUUUGUUAAGCAAGCCAUUUUAUGCCUUCUUUUAGGAGGUGUGGAGAAACUCCUUCCAAAUGGCACACGUUUGCGUGGUGAUAUAAAUGUUUUGCUUAUAGGCGAUCCUAGUGUGGCAAAGUCUCAGCUUUUGCGUUACGUUUUGAAUACGGCACCUCGCGCUAUACCAACAACCGGCCGUGGUUCUAGUGGUGUGGGUCUUACUGCAGCAGUGACCACUGACCAGGAGACUGGAGAACGACGUUUAGAGGCUGGUGCAAUGGUGUUGGCUGAUCGUGGUGUUGUCUGCAUAGAUGAGUUUGAUAAAAUGAGUGACAUUGACAGAACAGCAAUUCACGAAGUAAUGGAACAGGGCCGCGUCACUAUUUCAAAGGCUGGUAUUCAUGCCUCCUUAAACGCUCGUUGUUCUGUACUAGCUGCAGCCAAUCCUGUCUAUGGUCGAUAUGAUCAAUACAAAACGCCAAUGGAGAAUAUUGGUCUACAGGAUUCUCUGCUCUCACGUUUUGACUUGCUGUUCGUCAUGUUGGAUGUCAUUGACAGCGAUAUUGACCAAAUGAUUUCCGAUCAUGUUGUACGCAUGCAUCGCUACCGUAAUCCAAAAGAAGUAGAUGGUGAACCACUUUCAAUGGGUAGUUCUUAUGCGGAUUCACUCUCGUUCUCGUCGAAUAGCGAUGAGAAGAAAGAGACCGAAGUCUAUGAAAAGUACGACGCUUUACUUCAUGGAAAAUCUCGAAAGCGACAUGAAAAAAUUCUAUCUGUAGAGUUUAUGAGAAAAUACAUUCACAUUGCAAAGUGUAUGAAACCGAAAUUAAGCGAACAGGCCUGCGAAGCCAUAUCGAAUGAAUACUCCCGUCUGCGAUCGCAGGAAAGUGUACAAAAUGAUGUGGCUCGUACGCAGCCAGUUACAGCUCGUACUUUGGAGACUUUAAUUCGUUUGUCCACCGCACAUGCCAGAGCUCGUAUGUCUAAGAACGUCACUGUAGAUGAUGCUCAUGCUGCUAUAGAACUGGUACAGUUUGCCUACUUUAAAAAAGUUUUGGAGAAAGAAAAGGGUCAAAAGCGCCGCAGAGACGGUGGAUCUUCAGAUGAAGAAAUUGUUCCUGAAGAUAAUGUAACGCAGAAAUCACCCUCACGUCGCACCAAACGUACUCGUACAGAUGCCAGCCAAGACACAACAAAUAUUGGUGCGGACAGUGAUGAGGAAAUUGAGACCCCACAGCCUGAUGCUGGCGAUUUAACACGUCGUGAUACACGAAGAUCGUUACCCGACCGCAAACAAUCUACUACAAAUGUCACCACUCAGUCCGAGUCGCAAACUUCGCUAGACACGUCAUCUGCAGGUGCUGACGCCUCUACGCCCGCCUCUAUAACUGACGCUCGCUUGGGUGUUUUCAAAAAUAAUCUUCAGCGUUUGUUCCGAGAAGCCAGAGAACAAAGCUUGUCCUUGGCUCGCAUUACUACAGCCAUCAAUGAAAACAAUGAUGAACAGUUCACAGAUGGCGAAAUAGAAGCAGCUGUUACUCGUAUGACCGAUGACAAUCAAAUUAUGGUUGCAGAUGGAAUCGUUUUCUUAAUCUAAAACAAACGAAAAAGACAAAUUUUUAUUAAACAAUGAACCACAUACAUUAUUAUUAAGAUUCAAAAUUAUACCGUUAUUUGUUACACUUUUUAAAAUAAAGUAUGCAUUUUUUUGCAUUUUUCUACUUAUACUUUAAUA